GUUUGGGAGGGGGGAGGAGGGGAGAGGAGAAGAGAGGAGGGAUUACCCUGACCUUUUUCAACUCACACUGCCUCAGACGGCCACCAAGCAGCUGAAGAGAGAGCAGCCAGACGGACCCAUCAUGUCCGACAAACCAGAUUUUGCAGAAAUUGAAACAUUUGACAAGACCAAGCUGAAGAAGACAGAAACCAGAGAGAAAAAUCCACUGCCCACUAAAGAAACUAUCGAACAGGAAAAGCAAAGUGAAAGUACAGCCUAAGCAUAAAAUUGAAGAUGUGACUGCUGCUUCUUCAGUGGGGUUUUGGCUUCUGAGUUGGGUUGUUGUUUUAUUUUUGUCCCCCCUACCCCAUAUUUGUUGCCCAUUUAUUUUAGGAAACAUUUGUUCAUUUAAUGUUCCCUGGAGAAGUUUGUUUUGUGUUUGUUGAAGAAGAUACUAUGUAUUUGUAUUCUUAAAAUUUUAAUUCCAAGUUCUGUAUCAACCCCAUUACUUGGCAAAAAGAGAGCAAUUUGCAUAGAAAUUGUUUUCCUAAACCUCACAAUAAACAGUUUCUUCUGACCAA